AAUCGUGCAGCAGCCGUUCGCAUGGUCAGAUAUGAUAAUGAAUUGCUAUAGGUCGAGCCGCCGCAUGAGCCAAAUGAGCGCGCAUGGUUGACCAGGCUUGGGCGAGUUGUAACAAAAACGAGGCUACAGCACCUGUAUGCACUCCGCCUCGCUGCCUUUGUCUUGGCAAUGUCUACUUAUCACGAACGUGAACUCACUCCGGACCGACCACCUUCGCAAACAAAGUGAGACCCCGGAGUAGAAGUGGAAGUCUACAUGUCCGUCGUCGUCAUCAGCCUCGGCGGGCUCAAUGGCGGACCCGCUGUCCCUCACAGCCUCCAUCAUCGCAGUCGGCACACUCGCCGCCCAGGUCGGCAAGAAACUCCGCGCCUUCUACCACGGCACGAAUGAAAUCUUCGCGGCGCAGAAUGAGCUCACAGACCUCGAAGCGCUGCUCCGCAGCUGCGAAGACAUUCAGGAACAGCCAUGGCGGGCCGACCAACGCGGCCUCGCCGAGCGGGCGGCCGUGUUGCUGGGGAAGAUUAAGCUCGAGCUGCAGUCACUCAGUAACAUGCUGCAGCCGGCGGAGUCACGAUGGGCCUUUGUCAGAACGAAAGGUUGGGCGUGGCUGAAGAACGAGAAAGCCAUCAAUCAAGCGCGGAGCAAAGUCCGAGCGCUCAAGCAGACGUUGAUGGAGACGUUCCAGCUGUUGACCGUGGACACGUCGAGGCGAGCCGUCUAUCAGAUUGAUGAGCUGAAGCUUCAGAUUGGGGAUGUGCAGACGUCGGUGGUGAGUUCGCGGACCGCCGUGCUCGACGAGAUCAACGAUAUGCGUCAGCUUGCGGCUUUGAUUCCGGCCGGGCAGUCUCCGGAGAAGAUGGACGAUGGUCUGCCGUCAUACGCCGUGAAGCCUCCUGCAACAGCCAGCAGCAGCACCGUUGGUCUCGAAUGCAGCAUUCGCCGGAUGAGCACUGGUUGUCUCCCAUUGUGCAGCUGUCGUUGCCACAAAUACGGCCGGCUCUCCACGCCUCGCUUCCUCGAUCAAGUCGUUGGUCAGCUUCUCAUCGGCUACACCAUGCGGCCGAGGACAGCCGUCCAUUGCGAUGAGAAGCGAUGCAUGGGCAACGACCGCACCACCUUCCGCCUGCUCUAUGUCUUCCCCGCCUGGUUCCUGAGCUGGGCGAUUGCGGUGCUCAUCACGGCCACCGCUAACCGCCCGCCAGAGAUGCUGCUCCGGAUUCCAAGGCUCCGUAACCAUAGAGACGCGCUGUGGGAGGAAGUCUCCUUCGGCAACAUCGACUUCGUCAAGGAUGCUUUCCAGAGAGGGACGGCGCACAUUGACGACGUUACGAGUAACGGCGCACAAAGCCUCUUGCACAUAGCACUCUUCGAGAAGCGAGCGGAGAUGGCGGCGUUCUUGGUCGACCAGGGCGCGGACAUCUACCUGGCCGACCGCAAGCAUCAUACCGCGGCGGAUAUCAUGGGCCUGAUCACAUUUUCGAAAGGCAUGCCGGGGGAUUCCUGCUCGGCUCUGGCCCGUCGCUUCGAGAACUGCAGCUCCUUCAUCGAGAAGGCGCAGUUCCCGUUGCUGCACAAGAUAAUCUUCGGCCAGGUAGACGCGGACCUGGAGGAGGUGCUUAAGGCCUCGACAGCCGACAUUGACAAGCCAGAUGCGUACGGUCGGACGGCCUUAUCUUGGUGUGGCUCUCGGGGCGACACCAAGUCGGGUAGGAUCUUGCUUCGCUAUGGCGCCGACCCCAAUAUUGUUGAGAAGGGCGACGCCCUUCUUCUUGGAGACUCCGCUGUACAUUGCCAUCGAUGACAGUGGGAAGAAUGCGCAUAUCCCGGUCUUGUUGAAGUUCGGCGCUAGCACAACGCAAGCGUCUGGUAUGAACGAGAGCGCUCUGCACUUUGCCGCUGAGCGAUCGCCGGAAGCCGUUGAGAUGGUGUUCCCUUUCACCCCAGCGAGAUACCACACACGAGCAGUCACCGCGGCGAUUCGCCUCAAUCGAUUGGAGACGCUGAGCACACUCCUGCGCCUUGGUGCUGAUGUGUGCGAGGCGGAUGACGAGGCGCGGACGGUGCUGCACUAUCUCGCUCUCUUCGCUUCGCUAGAGGCUCUUGACAUGAUGCAGCCGGUACUCACUGGGAUUGUGCCGGAUGCGAUCGACUC